AUGGAAUAUGAGCGCAGAGCAGUGGUAGUAGCUUCUUUUCGCGUCGGGAAGAAGCCUGCUGAAGUGAUGGCCUGGACCGACGAGUUCGUCACCGCCGUCAAGAAGACAGUAGAAAAUGAUGGAAGCCAGAGCUACGCCAAGAUCACCGCUGACAUGGGCUGUCACAAGUCGACGAUCUGCCGAACGAUCAAAAAGGACAUUGAUUACUCCUCCUACCGCAAGUCUCACUGCAUGCUCAUCACGAAUGCCUCUAAGGAGUCGAGGAAGGUCAAGGCGGUGGCUUUGCUGAACGAGCUCGAACACGGGUCCGCCGGGAUGCUGAGGUUCUUCUCUCAUGAAAAAAAUUUCAUCCAGGACAAGACGAGCAACAGGCAGAACGGCAGGUGGAUGUUCCCCUCCAUCAUGGUCCUUGGCAUCAUCUCCAGGCCUGAGAGCACCGCUGAGAUCUACCAGGAGGUGCCGAGGAGGGUGGUGAAGCCCUCGAUCGACGAGAUCGUCGCUGGACGCCCCUACGUCUUUCAGCAGGACUCCGCUCCUGCACACAAGGCCAAGACGACCCAAGCGUGGCUGCUCAACAAUGUUCUUCACCACUGGUCGCCGGAUUUGUGGACACCCGACUUCAACCUCCUUGACUAA